AUCAACGUAAAAAACUUCAAUUUAUUCUAACGCCUUGAAAUUCUAAUUAUACCCUUAAGACAAGACCCUCAAACGCUCUUGGCUUGCUCUAAAGUCUGAACUAAUACUUACCAAAGACUGGAAGAGUAAUUUGGUCAUUUCACUUUAACCCGUCACUUCCAAAGCUCUUACUCGUAUCCUCCAAACGUUUAACACAAACAAAAAACGACACUGUCCAAAACCUCAAAUUUGCUCCGAGAGUUAAAAAAUUUUUAAAACAAUUUCACAUAUUCAAAAGAAGUACGGAAGAAAGAAAGAAAAUAGAAAAUCCGAUCUUCUUCUUAUAGAAACAAACAACCCGAUUCGUCUCUACUCAAUUUCACCAGAUCUGAUUUCCCUCAAUUUUCAUUUCUCGAUCCCAAAAAACAAACAGCAAACCCUAAAAAUAUCAAAAGAGGGGAAACCGAAAAUAAAAAAGCUAAGUUCAGGUUCGAAUUUGAUUUAAUCGAAGGAAUUUUUUUUGUUUGUUCUUUUAAAAAAAUCUGUUAUGGCCGACGCGCUCUCCGUGAUUCCCGCCUCCGUUUUACGCUAUCUCUCCGACAAGCUGUACGAGAAGCGGAAGAAUGCGGCCCUAGAGGUUGAAGGAAUUGUGAAACAGCUGGCGUCGUCGGGAGAUCACGAGAAGAUAACGGCUGUGAUCAAUUUGUUGACCACUGAAUUUACCUACUCGCCACAAGCCAAUCACCGUAAGGGAGGAUUGAUAGGUUUAGCUGCUGCCACUGUUGGAUUGACUUCUGAAGCCGCCCAACAUCUUGAGCAAAUUGUGCCGCCAGUGCUUAAUUCUUUUUCUGACCAAGAUAGCAGAGUUCGUUAUUAUGCUUGUGAAGCUCUAUAUAACAUUGCAAAGGUUGUCCGAGGAGAAUUUAUCAUAUUCUUUAAUCAGAUAUUUGAUGCAUUAUGCAAGCUAUCGUUUGAUGCUGAUGCCAACGUACAGAGUGCUGCUCACCUUUUAGAUAGGCUUGUGAAGGACAUUGUUACUGAAAGUGACCAGUUCAGCAUUGAAGAAUUUAUACCAUUGUUGAGAGAGCGCAUGAAUCUCCUGAAUCCCUAUGUUCGUCAGUUUUUGGUUGGAUGGAUAACUGUACUAGAUAGUGUUCCAGAUAUUGACAUGCUGGGUUUCCUUCCUGAUUUUCUUGAUGGUUUGUUUAAUAUGUUAAGUGAUUCUAGUCAUGAAAUACGGCAACAAGCUGAUUCAGCACUUUCAGAGUUUCUCCAAGAGAUUAAGAACUCCCCGUCUGUAGAUUAUGGUCGCAUGGCUAAAAUACUGGUGCAAAGGGCCGCUUCUCCUGAUGAAUUCACUAGGUUAACAGCUAUCACUUGGAUAAAUGAGUUUGUAAAACUUGGUGGAGAUCAGCUUGUUCCUUACUAUGCUGACAUACUGGGAGCCAUUCUCCCCUGCAUAUCUGACAAAGAAGAGAAAAUUAGAGUGGUUGCUCGUGAAAUCAGUGAGGAGCUUUGUGCAAUCAAGGCUGAUCCAGCAGAUGCUUUCAAUGUGGGAGCCAUUCUCUCCAUUGCGAGGAGGCAACUGGAUAGUGAGUGGGAGGCCACCAGAAUUGAAGCAUUGCACUGGAUAUCAACCCUUUUAAACAGAUAUCAUUCUGAGGUCUUGUGUUUGCUAAAUGACAUAUUUGACACCCUUUUGAAAGCUCUAUCUGACUCUUCUGACGAGGUGGUGCUGCUCGUUCUUGACAUUCAUGCAUGCAUAGCCCAAGAUCCUCUACAGUUCCGCCAGCUUCUUGUUUUUCUGGUGCAUAAUUUCCGGGUUGAUCAUUCUCUUCUGGAGAGGCGUGGUGCUUUGAUAAUCCGUAGACUUUGUGUUCUCUUGGAUGCUGAAAGGGUCUACUGUGAGCUAUCCACCAUACUAGAGGGAGAAGCAGACCUAGAUUUUGCCUGCAUUAUGGUUCAGGCUUUGAAUUUAAUUCUACUCACUUCUUCUGAGCUAUCCGAUCUUCGGGAACUUUUGAAACAGUCACUGGUUAAUGCUGCUGGAAAAGAUUUAUUUGUUUCUUUGUAUGCUUCAUGGUGCCAUUCGCCCAUGGCAAUUAUAAGUCUUUGUUUAUUAGCUCAGAUGUACCAGCAUGCAAGUGCUGUGAUUCAGUCCCUGGUCGAGGAAGAUAUUAACGUCAAAUUCUUGGUCCAGCUUGAUAAAUUGAUUCACUUGCUUGAAACUCCAAUCUUUGCUUAUCUGAGAUUGCAGCUUCUUGAACCUGGAAGAUAUAUAUGGCUGCUGAAAGCAUUGUAUGGUCUUUUAAUGCUGCUUCCACAGCAAAGUGCUGCAUUCAAGAUACUGCAAACUCGUUUAAAAACCGUGCCAUCAUACUCCUUCAAUGGUGAUCAACUCAAACGAGCAUCAUCAGGCAACCCAUACUCCCAAAUUUUACAUCACAGUGGAUCCCAAAUCACUGAGGAUGGUGACGUAAACCAAGAUAAUGGGAAUGUACCCAAUGGAAUUAACUUUGCUUCAAGGCUGCAACAGUUUGAGCAAAUGCAGCAACAACACCGUUUGCUUGCAAAAUCACAAGCACAAUCACGAAACAGUUCCACUUCAUUUUUCAAGGAGGGGCCAAAAGCUGAACCCCGGUGGCCUCCAACAUCUUACAUAAACAGGCCUCGUUCAAGAUCGUCUGGGAGAGGCCCAGGACAAUUGCAAAAUUAAUAGUUGUUACUGGUGCCUAUUGAUAGUUCAAGGUCAAUUGUACUAUGAUCUCAAGAUGUUUGAGCCACAGGUGAGAUAUCGUAUAGUUUGUAAAAAUUGUAUAUCAUAAUAGUUUGCUUAUCUCAAACUCAUGGAGGUUGGGAUGGGUGAAAAUUGGGUUUUGAAUAUAAACUUGGGGCUAUUCUUUUUCCUUUGUAAACAGGAUACGCCCAUGUGGUUCUGUUAUUUUUUUAUUGAAAAACCACAUGGAUUAGAGGCAGAAAAUGAAUUUAGAAAAUAUAGUGGAUAUAUGCAACAUUAGAAAUGGAUGCUUACCUU